AUGGCUGCCAUGUUCAGUCAAAAUCCGCUGAUGAACGGCCCGAAUUACUCCUUCAACCAAACUCCAACGACCGCAGCCGGUGGUAACAAGGAGCACAGCUUCUAUCCAUACACUGACAACGGCGGCUCAACCCUUGCGAUCUCCGGCGUCGACUUCACCAUUGUUGCAGGAGACACACGAUCCACAUCUGGCUACAAUAUCAACACCCGCUACGCCCCCAAAGUCUUCAAGAUCGGCGGAACAACCUCAUCUCAAGAUGAUGCCACGCUCGUUCUCUCAGUCGUCGGAUUUGCAGCAGAUGGAGAGGCCCUGAAGGAGCGCCUGGAUGCGAUCGUCAAGAUGUACAGAUAUCAGCACGGCAAACCUAUGAGCGUCAAGGCGUGUGCACAGAGGUUAUCGACGAUUCUGUACGGAAAGCGGUUCUUCCCGUACUACGUUACUGCUAUUCUUGGGGGUCUGGAUGAGGAGGGCAAGGGUGCGAUCUACUCCUACGAUCCAGUUGGUAGCUACGAGCGGGAGCAGUGUAGAGCGGCGGGAGCGGCGGCGAGUUUGAUCAUGCCGUUCUUGGAUAACCAAGUGAACUUCAAGAACCAAUACAUACCGGGUAGUGGGGAGGGACACGCAUUACAAGAGCGAGAGAAGAUUCCGUUACCGAGAAGUGAGGUGGAGGAUUUGGUUAAGGAUGCGUUUGACAGUGCGGUUGAGAGACAUAUUGAGGUUGGUGAUGGACUGCAAAUGAUGAUUAUCACGAAGGAUGGUAUUGAGGAGAUUUACAAGCCUUUGAAGAGGGAUUAG